GCCCACGCCGUUUGGAAGCCUCUCGCAUGUGUUCGUUUCCUCAAAAGAGAAAGUUUUAACUGUAAAAUUAACACAGCUUUUAACGCGGAACAUGUCGAGUCCAGUGCUACGACUGCGUCAGGAACACAAGCAUCAGGUCAUCAUGACCAUAAUAAGUCUAAUGCAUAUGAUUGUUUAUUUUAAUUCAUAUCUAUUAUCUUAUUAUUUCUAGAGAGGAAGGACGAGGGUGAAGAGGAGAAACCAUUAGGAAGAGCUAGUCCUGAUCUACACCGUCCAAAUUCUCCCGAACCUCCAGGCAGUUCAUUGUGUUUGUGUGACUGAUUUUAACUGAUUAUAUGACUUCUUCGUCUCUAAUGUCAAUAAUUCUCAAGUGGGGAGCCAUGAGGGAGAAGAGAAGCACCCAUCAGGAAGACGAAGUUCUAUAGGGGAACAUCCAAGCAUGUCUGAAGUGGGGAAGGAUGAGCGCUCAGAGCAACAACCGUCAGGAAGACACAGUCCAAGACAAGCACCACAUCUGUGUAGAACCUUCAGCAUAAGCAGUUCUGACAGGAGGAUCGUGCUGUUGGGGAAAACUGGAGCUGGCAAGAGUGCAACAGGAAACACCAUCCUGGGAAAGAACCAUUUCCAAUCUGACUUCAGUUUUAAAUCUGUCACCAAGAAGAGUGAAGUUUGUCAGGGUCGUGUUGCAGACAGUAAUGUGCGUGUGAUCGAUACUCCAGGUCUCUUUGACACAUCUGCUGAUCCUGAUGAUAUAGCUGAAGAGCUAGGGAGGAGUAUCUAUUUGUCUGGUCCAGGACCUCAUGCUUUCCUCAUUGUUCUGCCUGUGAAUAUGAGGUUUACAAAUCAGGAAAUUAUUGAGCAAAUUCAAAUGAUAUUUGGAGAGGAAGUGAGGAAAUAUACAAUGGUUCUCUUUACCCAUGGAGACCUGUUAGAUGAAGAGAAUAAGACUGUAGAGGAACUCAUUAAAAAGAACGAGGCUUUAAGUAAUCUUGUCCAGCAGUGUGGAGGUGGAUAUCAUGUCUUUAAUAAUAAAGACCUGAGAAACAGAGAGCAGGCCAGUGAGCUACUGCAGAAGAUAGACAGAAUGGUGGAGAAGAACGGAGGAACCUGGUACUCCAAUGAGAUGUUUGAGGAAGCAGCAAGACUCAGACAGGAGGAGGAGGAGAGGGUGAGGAGAGAUGAAGUAGAAAGAAAACAAAGAGAGGAAGAAGAAAGACAGAAAGAAAUAGAGAAUAUAAAGAGAGAGACAAGAGUAAGACAGGAAAUGAGAGAUCUAAAAGUCCAGAAAGAUUCAUAUGCAGAGGGGAGAAUUGGUCAAGGCAAUAAAGAGAAAAUGAAGGGUAGUUUUAUGGAAAAGUACUGGAAGCAUAUUCUUGCAGGUUCAGUUCUCUGUAGUCCUAUAGGGAUAUUUGCCGAUGGUGUAUCUGCUGCUGCUGCUGGUGGCGGUGGUAGUGGUGCUGCAGCUGCUUCUGCUGCUGUUCGUGGUGCUGCUGCUCCUGUUGCUGCUGCUGCUGUUGGUGAUGCUGCUGCUCCUGUUGGUGCUGCUGCUGCUGUUGGUGGUGGUGCUGCUGUUCGUGCUGUUGUUGCUGCUGCUGUUGGUGGCGCUAUCACUGCUGGUGUUUGUUAUUUGUAUGAUUCUAGAAAAAAAAAGAAUGUAAAAAAAGAGUCAUGAUUUGAAUGUACCCUACAAUUUCAUAAUCCACCUUAAGCACGUAUUGAACCAUUUAUUAACUGAAAUCAGAUGAUUUAAUGUAAUAGAUGUCUUUGGGGUUGCUUAUCUGAACUUUUGUAUAUCUCUUAUUAAGUCAGAUUUCAUAUAUUUCAUAUUUUAUUUUCUCCAGAGGUACUGAAUUCUACAAAUCCUGAUUAAUUCACCAAUUACCUGUAAAGUAUAAAUCCUGUUUACCUGUAAUGAAAUUUGUUAAAGGGAAUAUUGUAUAAUAAUAAUAAUAGUUUUUUGCAUUCGUGUUUAAAAUCUAGUGACUAGAUGUGUUGAUGUAUUCUACAUUACAUUUACAGUUCCGUUUAUUCCACUGAGCAUUAGCAGGAUUAUGGCCAGUGUUCAGUAUAAAUGUGUUAAUUCAUACAUUUAUUAACUUUUUUAUUAUAUGAAGAUUCUGUGUAAGUAUAAAAUAAAGCAAUAAUAAAAUAUUAUUGUUAGGAGUAGUACUAUAACUCAUAUACAAAUAA